AUGCCUCGACACAUCCCUGGGCGUCGGAAACUUAGCUCAAAGCGCGAUAUGAGCCAGCCGCCGCCCGCCUCUGCCUACACAGUCAAAACAACAUGGAUGCGGCAGCGUGUAGCAGAGAACUACUUCCAAAGAAAGGCACACACGAAGCCUUGCUGCAAAAUAUGCUUCAAAACUGUUGCUACUGGAAGCAGCAGUACAACAAAUCUUUUUCAGCACCUGAGGAAUAAACAUCCCGAAGAAUGGGAGAAGUGCAGCCGGCUCCGCAGCGACAGCGGCUCCUCUAGCACACCUGCUAAAAAGCAGACUACACUUCCUGAGAGCUUUACAAACUGUGUACCUUAUGAAAAGAACGGAGCGCGAUGGAAAGCGAUUACAGAGGCGGUCACUUUUUAUAUUGCCACAGACAUGCUGCCAAUUUACUCUGUCGAAAAGCGAGGCUUUAAUCACUUGCUGAAAGUAUUGGAUGCGAGGUACGUUGUCCCCAGUCGCAAGUAUUUCGCCGAUGUAGCGCUGCCUCACCUGUACAAUACAACCCGGGAAAAGAUCCGCAGUGAGCUGGAGGAGAUGCAGUUCUACUCAGCCACAACAGACCUGUGGUCCAGCCGGACGAUGCAGCCAUAUCUGAGUCUGACGGCUCACUACAUCAACACUAGUUGGACUCUGCGCAGCAUCUGCCUUCAGACAGCGUACUUCCCCGACAACCACACUGGUGAAAUAAUUGCCCAUGGCUUAAAAGACGCUCUCAGCUCCUGGGGACUUUCGGAGGAACGACUCGUCUGCAUGACAACUGAUAGUGGCACCAACAUCAUAAAAGCUCUUAAGGACAACAACUGGCCCAGCCUGCAGUGUUUUGGCCACAGACUCCACAACGCUAUAGAGAAUGGUGUGAAGGAUCCAAGGAUCGAUCGGGCCAUAGGGGUCUGCAAAAAAGCUGUAUCUGCCUUCUCCUACAGCUGGAAAAUAAGGCGAGACAUGACAGAGGUGCAGGCUGAGCUUGGACUUCCCCAGCAUCUUUUGAUCUCAGAAUCCCCAACUCGUUGGGGGUCUCGUCAAAAGAUGAUUGAGCGCUUUCUUGAGCAAGAGAAGGCAAUAACUCGUGUCCUGGGUGCAGACAAGAAAACGCGUCAUCUUGUUCCCACGUGGCAAGAUUUGGAAGUAUUGGAAGCUACCAACAAAGCAGUGAAACCUCUCCAGGACUUCACUGAUGCGCUGUCAGGGGAGUCAUAUGUCAGUGUGUCAUGCAUCAAACCGGUGCUGCAUUUGUUUAAAACAAGUCUCCUCCUGCCAGAGGAGGAAGAUUUGGAGCUAACAAAAACAAUCAAAGCUAACAUCAUGCGUUACCUUGAAAGUAAAUACUGUGAUUUGGAGAAAGAGGAACUUUUGGACAUGGCCUCACUUUUAGACCCGAGGUUCCGUACAACCUACAUUGAUGCAAGCAAACUGGAAGUUGUCAAAAAAAGAGCGGUGUCUGAGAUCUCUGCCCUCUGCAACUCUACCACAGAGGAAGCUGGUCCCUCAGCUGUUCAAGAGAACACCCCGCCAAAAAAGAAAAUGACUCUUGGUGCCUUCUUUAAAAAAUCUGCACCAUCCACCACGCUACACCCACAAUCUGAAAAAACAAAAAUUGAGACUGAGCUUGCGACGUAUUUACUUAUUCCAGACACUGAGCCAGACACAGAUCCUCUUGAAUGGUGGAAGCUUCAUCAGCCCAACUUUCCAAGGCUAAGCUUACUGGCUAAAAAAUAUAUUUCUGUUCCAGCUACUAGUGCCCCCUCAGAGAGGGUAUUUAGUGUGGGUGGAGGAAUAGUUACCUGCAACCGGGCCUGCCUUAAGCCAGAUGUUGUGGACAGGCUCAUCUUUCUUGCAAAAAAUGUUUAG